AUGACAAACCGCCUCGAGGACCAUGUCGCCGUCACCCCCCACCCCUCCAACCCCAUGUCCUCCCUCUCCCAGAACCUCUGGGUCCCCUCCGGCGCUCGAGGCGUAUUCGGCGGCCAGAUCCUCGCCCAGGCCAUCAUGGCAGCCACGGCCACCGUAUCCCCCAAACUAGGCCUCCACAGCGCCCACUGCUACUUUCUCCUCCCGGCGCAAAAGAGCCCGACGAUAGAGUACAAGGUCGAAAAACUGAACGACGGGAGAAGUUACUCGGCCAGGCUGGUAAGGGCUUGGCAAGGGGACAGUGAUAUCUUUGUACUUAUGGCGAGCUACUCUCUCCCGCCUACAGCGCUUCCUGAAAACUUGGGUCUCGCAGCUUAUCCUGCUGGGCAGGGGAAGAGCAAGCACAGUAUGGCCUUCUCGACCGAAGUCCCACGUCCCGAUUUGCCUCUCCCAGAAGAGGGCAGGGUGUUUCCUAGCUUCCAAACGCCCUUUCCUGACGACAUCUGUCCUCCCUCCGAGUGCGAGGACGAUGCGGACUUUUUGGAGAAAUGGGUGCAGCAACAUGGAGACGUAGAGAAGCCUUGGCAGAAAAAGUUCUUCAAAGAGUAUAUCAGUGAGAGGCGGUCUUCUCCCGUAUCUAUCUCUCGCGGACGCCGGAAGGCCGGUUCCCCUGAAGAGAAUGCGCCGUAUCCCAGUUCGCGCAUGAGCUGGCUACGAAUCCGAGAUCUCGGACCCGAGCCUACCAACGUCGAGACCGCAAUGAUCUCCUACAUCUCCGACUUUCAGUUCAUCGGCACCGCCGCCCGUUCUGUCGGCAUGAACCAAAACUCCACCCCCCGUCUCGGCAUGCUCGCCUCCCUCGACCACGCUAUCCACUUUUACCCCUUCCCUUCCAAUUUCGACCCCGCCGCCCCGCUGUUGCACGUCAUGGAGUCGCAGAGCGUCAACUUGUCGUCCGGCAGGGGCCUCGCGAGGGGGAGGAUAUACACUUGGGAUGGGGUGUUGAUUGCGACGACGGGGCAGGAGGGGGUGACAAGGGCUAAUGUGAAGGGGAAGCAGACAAAGGGGGCGAUUGAGGGAGGGAUGGUGGAUGUGGAUGUUUCCAAGGUAAAGGCGAAACUCUAG